AUGCAUGCUGUCACGGAGGGCCAUCUGACGCGCCACUCGGUUCCGGCCGCAUCCACUCCCUUUCCGUCUCUCCCUUUCCUGACAGACGCAUAUCUUCCGGGGCCGCAGGCUGCCGCAGCAGCGCAUCAGCAGCUUCUGCUGCUGCAGCCGAGCGGCACGCCCGAGCCUGUCGUCUGUGCUCCUGGGUCAGAGCGGCUAAGUAGUGGUGCCACAGGCUCUGCUGAAGGCUGGGGGGCAGAAUCCUCUAAUGGUCCGGCAGCGCUACAGUUGCUGGGGGCCCCUCGUGAUGGUGAUGUAGGAGAUUUUCUCUCUGGAGUUCAGGACCCGUCCUCGUUUGCAGCUUCGUACUUCGGUUCUUACCUCUGCUCGCCAUCGACGGAGAACCCCCAGACACCAACAGCAGCAAACUCCCAUUCUUCUCUCUCACCUAUUCAGCUAGCUACAAGUCCUGAAACAGGCAGCGGCAGCAGCGGUGUCGGCGCAGCGCCUUCUGGGGGGCUUCCCCUCUACGGCGGACAACCUUUCCCCUUCUCGCUGCCAAGCCCCUUGACUUGUGGCAUUGUACAAGAGGGGCCCCCAAGGGCCCCCAACCCAACCUACAGCCUGCCGCAGCAAACAGCUACGCAGGACACACAGGGAUUCGCGUCUGACUAUGACAGACUAACGAGGGAACUUUGCAAAUACUGCGCCAAUUUGAGAGAUCUAGUGAAGGAUAAUCCGUCUUUCACUGACGAGUUGAGUUCAACGCUGGAGAAAGCCAUUCGAUCAGCGGACCAAGUGAUUCAUGUGCAGCGAAAACUUUUGCUUUCUGUGAAUCAACAGAAGCACCUGGUAGCUGACAGCAAAGUCAUUCAUUCGAAGGUGCAGACGCUUCACCGCAUUCUGCAAAAAACUGCCCCCCAAUACAGCCAGUGGCUCGAGGAGCACGCCGUCCUUAAAGAGCACAUUCAACAGCUCGAGCAGCAGCACGGGGGUUUUGUGGCAUCAGGGGAUCUGGCGGGGAACGAAGACGUCCCCGACGCCUCACGCAACAGCGCCGUGAGCCGCCGUCGCAGCAGCAGCGGCAGCUGCUGCAGCAACAACAGCAAACGGCGCAAGAGCAUUCGACAAUACAAACGGCAGCAACACGCUCUGCCUCCAGAGUCCUCAGAGGGAUUACCGCUCCCCGUCGUUAAGACCGAGCGGACGCCAAGUUGCACUUAA